AUGGUGGAUGCGAUGUCAGAACCAUCUGCCGUCUCUCCCCCGGCUCCCGCUGCUCCUGGCAAAGAUGCCAAAGAGGAGCAAACUGAGGCGGAUGACUGCCAGCCUCCAUCCGUGCUCCCACCAGGACUCUCUGGACCUAUGUCAGAACCAUCUGCCGUCUCUCUCCCGGCUCCCGCUGCUCCUGGCAAAGAUGCCAAAGAGGAGCAAACUGAGGCGGAUGACUGCCAGCCUCCAUCCGUGCUCCCACCAGGACUCUCUGGACCUAUGUCAGAACCAUCUGCCGUCUCUCUCCCGGCUCCCGCUGCUCCUGGCAAAGAUGCCAAAGAGGAGCAAACUGAGGCGGAUGACUGCCAGCCUCCAUCCGUGCUCCCACCAGGACUCUCUGGACCUAUGUCAGAACCAUCUGCCGUCUCUCCCCUGGCUCCCGCUGCUCCUGGCAAAGAUGCCAAAGAGGAGCAAACUGAGGCGGAUGACUGCCAGCCUCCAUCCGUGCUCCCACCAGGACUCUCUGGACCUAUGUCAGAACCAUCUGCCGUCUCUCCCCCGGCUCCCGCUGCUCCUGGCAAAGAUGCCAAAGAGGAGCAAACUGAGGCGGAUGACUGCCAGCCUCCAUCCGUGCUCCCACCAGGACUCUCUGGACCUAUGUCAGAACCAUCUGCCGUCUCUCCCCCGGCUCCCGCUGCUCCUGGCAAAGAUGCCAAAGAGGAGCAAACUGAGGCGGAUGACUGCCAGCCUCCAUCCGUGCUCCCACCAGGACUCUCUGGACCUAUGUCAGAACCAUCUGCCGUCUCUCCCCCGGCUCCCGCUGCUCCUGGCAAAGAUGCCAAAGAGGAGCAAACUGAGGCGGAUGACUGCCAGCCUCCAUCCGUGCUCCCACCAGGACUCUCUGGACCUAUGUCAGAACCAUCUGCCGUCUCUCUCCCGGCUCCCGCUACUCCUGGCAAAGAUGCCAAAGAGGAGCAAACUGAGGCGGGUGACUGCCAGCCUCCAUCCGUGCUCCCACCAGGACUCUCUGGACCUAUGUCAGAACCAUCUGCCGUCUCUCCCCCGGCUCCCGCUGCUCCUGGCAAAGAUGCCAAAGAGGAGCAAACUGAGGCGGAUGACUGCCAGCCUCCAUCCGUGCUCCCACCAGGACUCUCUGGACCUAUGUCAGAACCAUCUGCCGUCUCUCCCCCGGCUCCCGCUGCUCCUGGCAAAGAUGCCAAAGAGGAUCAAACUGAGGCGGAUGACUGCCAGCCUCCAUCCGUGCUCCCACCAGGACUCUCUGGACCUAUGUCAGAACCAUCUGCCGUCUCUCCCCCGGCUCCCGCUGCUCCUGGCAAAGAUGCCAAAGAGGAGCAAAGUGAGGCGGAUGACUGCCAGCCUCCAUCCGUGCUCCCACCAGGACUCUCUGGACCUAUGUCAGAACCAUCUGCCGUCUCUCCCCCGGCUCCCGCUGCUCCUGGCAAAGAUGCCAAAGAGGAUCAAACUGAGGCGGAUGACUGCCAGCCUCCAUCCGUGCUCCCACCAGGACUCUCUGGACCUAUGUCAGAACCAUCUGCCGUCUCUCCCCCGGCUCCCGCUGCUCCUGGCAAAGAUGCCAAAGAGGAGCAAACUGAGGCGGAUGACUGCCAGCCUCCAUCCGUGCUCCCACCAGGACUCUCUGGACCUAUGUCAGAACCAUCUGCCGUCUCUCCCCCGGCUCCCGCUGCUCCUGGCAAAGAUGCCAAAGAGGAGCAAACUGAGGCGGAUGACUGCCAGCCUCCAUCCGUGCUCCCACCAGGACUCUCUGGACCUAUGUCAGAACCAUCUGCCGUCUCUCCCCCGGCUCCCGCUGCUCCUGGCAAAGAUGCCAAAGAGGAUCAAACUGAGGCGGAUGACUGCCAGCCUCCAUCCGUGCUCCCACCAGGACUCUCUGGACCUAUGUCAGAACCAUCUGCCGUCUCUCCCCCGGCUCCCGCUGCUCCUGGCAAAGAUGCCAAAGAGGAUCAAACUGAGGCGGAUGACUGCCAGCCUCCAUCCGUGCUCCCACCAGGACUCUCUGGACCUAUGUCAGAACCAUCUGCCGUCUCUCCCCCGGCUCCCGCUGCUCCUGGCAAAGAUGCCAAAGAGGAUCAAACUGAGGCGGACGACUGCCAGCCUCCAUCCGUGCUCCCACCAGGACUCUCUGGACCUAACAUCAAGGCAGAUCCACAAGCAGAGCUGCCCGAAGCUCAGAGUACGAUCAUGGUAGUGAAGAGGAGGAACAACGAUGACAUGAGAAAAAUUCAAGAGGUGUUGAAUCUCCAUCAGCAGAGGGGCGAUCAACAAAAGCAGGUGGCCAUAAAGAAAAUAAAUCUUCAAGGACUGAGGAAGAAGGAACUAAAAGUCAAUGAACUCAUGGUCAUGAAAAUGAAUAGGAAUCCGAGUCUAGUCAACUAUUUAGAGAGCUACCUUCUGGGUGAGGAACUCUGGCUGGUUAUGGAGUACAUGGAUGGAGGCACUCUGAGCGACAUCAUCAGCAAGACCCACCUGUCUGAAGAUGAGACAGGAGCCAUCAGUCGGGAGUGCCUGCGAGGACUGGAUUUUCUCCACUCAAACCAUGUGAUCCACCAAGAUGUAAAGAGUGGCAACAUCCUUUUCAGAACCGAUGCUGACUUUGGCCUCUUUGCUCAGCUCACCCCUGAGCAGAGCAGGCGGAGCUCCGUGGCCAGCAUUCCUGGGUGGAUGGCUCCUGAAGUGCUGACAGGUCAACCAUAUGGCCCCAAAGUGGACAUAUGGUCUUUUGGAAUCGUGGGCAUCGAAAUGGUGGAACGAGAAGUUCCUUACUGGAAUGCCACUCCUGUCUUGGCUAAGCUCCUGACAGCCAGGGGAGAGAGACCACGGCUGCGGCAGCCCAACCAAUUCUCGCUUUGCCUGCGAGACUUCCUGAGCUGCUGCCUGCAGAGAGAUGAGGCGCGGCGCUGGUCUGCCAAGCAGCUCCUGCAGGACCCAGAGGAAUCCUGA